UGUUGACGCUUUGCUAAAUGUCGAGGAUGUGGGAGAGGAUGUCUAAUUUCUUCAGCCUAAGCGGUAAACGAAAGACACAGUCUCCUGAAACACCAGAUUCAGAGGCUGAAGCACAUGAAGAGAAGCCACCUUCCAGUAAAUAUGAUGAUCUUUCCUUGAUUGAUAAGAGAAAACUUUACAAGUGUGGUAAAGACUAUGUCACUUUGGACAAGAUCCAGUCAUGGCCAGAAUACAGACAGAAAAAUUUGUACUCCAUAUAUGGAAAGCAAGAAAAUAGGCCUGAGAAACCAAUGUUUGAGGUGAAUGAAACCCUGAAUGAAAAAAUUUCAUUAUGGCAGGGUGAUAUAACCAUACUAGAGAUUGAUGCCAUAGUAAAUGCAGCAAACAACUCUCUUCUUGGUGGAGGUGGAGUUGAUGGCUGUAUCCAUCGUGCUGCUGGUUCAAGUCUUCGAGAUGAAUGUGCAGGACUCCAUGGCUGCUCUACUGGUGAUGCCAAAAUCUCUUCUGGGCAUAAGUUGCCAGCAAAGUAUAUCAUUCAUACUGUUGGGCCAAUUGGACGGCAAGAGAAGCUUCUAAAAAGCUGUUACAUGAAGUGCUUACAUCUGGUUAAAAAACAUGAUGUUAGAUCAGUGGCAUUCUGUUGUAUAUCAACUGGUAUUUAUGGCUAUCCUAUCUAUGAUGCUUCCUGCGUAGCACUAGAAACUGUUCGCAAGUGGCUUGAGGAAGAAGAUGAUGAGGGAAAAAAAAAUGCUGACCUGGUGGAUCGAAUAAUCUUCUGUGUUUUUCUGGGCGGGGAUUUGGACAUCUAUAAACUCCUUAUGCCAAGGUACUUUCCUUCAGACGACAAGCAUGAUCAGAGAGGGGACCACGAGGUAGAGGAGGAUGAUGACAAAGAUAUAGGAGAAGGUGAACAGCCUUCGCGAGGGGAUGAAGAUACUGAAGAGAUGAAAGGUAACGACGACAAGGAAGUUGAAGAUCAGGGGAGCGGUGUCGUAGAGGAGGAUGUUGCCGAGAAAGAGAAAGACAAAAAAGAUGAAAAUCUUACACCAAAGGAUGAAAAGGCUAAAGAGAGGAAUUGGAAGGAAGACCCGGGAAGUGAUGGACAGCAAAGUGACAGCAAGGAAGAGAAAGAAGGAAGGAAAAAAGACGAUAAAGAAGUCCUGGACUCUAUUAGUGGCAGAAAAGAAGAGGCAGCAAUUGAAGGAAAACAUAGCACCGAGGAAGAAGUUGAAGGUAACAAAGUUGACGAGAAGGAACUACAAGCAAGUGUUCCCGAUGCACUCAGGCUUGAGGAACUUUUAGAAUCACCAAGAGAUGAGCCCAUGCGUGUUUUAAACGAGGAGAUGGACCAAAAUCCUCCGCCAGAUGACCAGGACUCAGAAAAAAAAGUGGAAGAGGAGGCAAGUGACAGCACUAAAGGACAGGGUGGUAAACCUGCCUGUGGGUCCUGUAUAAUAUAAGGAAGAGAUGGUAUAGGAUUACAAUUUAAUGUUAUAGAGGAAUACGAAAUCUUUACCACACAGAUAUAUGAACAUUGGGAUUAUUUCGUACCAGGAGCUUUUCGUACAAGCCUUACACCAAGUUCUCCCUAAACCGAGGCUCGGGUGCAGGUCGAUCAUUGUCAUUUGCUCUUAAGGGAAGGUUCUGCCCAGUUACUCUUCACACAAGAAAAUCCUUUAAACGGGCUGUAGUGUUCACAGGGGAAAUUUCAUUCCCAUUUACCGAAAAAUACUGUUGGGGGAGUUGGGGUUACUUCGGUUGGAGUGGCACCCCGGCAAUAAGCUCUGCUGGUGGGACCACUUGCAUGGUGUGCAUACUUUAAUUGCGACAGAGUUGGCCUAGAUACAAAAAUCCAGAAAAAUGGCUUAAAAUUCUAUCGGGAAGUUCUCCAAAGAAUGUCGAUAAAUCUCACUUUUGUCUCUUUAAAUCUCGAAAUUGUCUUUAAAAAUCCCGCCUUGUCUCAAUUAUUUUUUGAAAAUUAUCACUUCAUUUUCGUAAAAUGCGAGAUUCAUGUGGUGAAAUUGUGUGGAAGCUCCUUCAAUCAGGUUUAAAAUUAUAACUUAUUUACUAGAAAAUAGCAGUGGUUCAUCAGCUUUGUAUUCUUACGUUUAUCAGUCUCUUUCAACAAACGAUAACGACAGGUUGGCAGAGUUUGACAUUUUUAUGGAGCCCGCUCGGAAACUCUGGAAGAAGGACCAAGUAAAAUCUUUUUAUGCUAUCAGCUUUUUUUUUUUUCAAAAUUAUCGUCUAAAAAUCCUUAAGUUUUCUAAAAUUCCUCGAUUUUUUUCAAAAUCCCGAUUGACUCUAGAAAUGAAUUAAAAAAAAAAAAAACAUAGGAUUUUUGUGUCUGGCCCUAUAACGGAGUCAGCCCGACUUCGUUCAUGAACACUGCGCGUUCUUUUUAGAGAGGAUAAGGCGAGAUCUCCGAAGUUUGUCAUUUGCAAUCUGUUGUUAUAUUAUCCAAUCUUAGCCGUUUCUUUUCAAAAUGCAUUGUUGCCUCCUAUUUCAAAGUCCUCUUCGAUUUAAAGGCAGCUUUUCAAUCGCAAAAAAAAAAAAAAAAGGGAAUUUGUAGGAGCUAUGGAAGGGCGGCAUAAAUAGAAUAGGUUGUCCACUCAUCAAUGAAAGAGCAGUGAAAUCUUCAAUUUAAGUAUAGCAAAGUAACUUUCAUGGCAUUUCAAGAUUUAUCCCUUACAACUUCAAGAGGGGAUCUACAUGUAAAUACUCCUUGCAGUUUCAACAUGUCAAUAUUAUACAUCUUGCAUAGCUUUCUAUGCUGACUUAUUAGUAGGUGAAAAUUAUUUUGGCUUACAGAAGGUUUCUUGUUUGUUUGCAAUCAGCUACACGAGGGUCUCAAUGGGGUUCACCGAUAGCCGUAAAAAGGUCGAAAAAUUUAGCCGUUAGGUGUCAAAAUUGACAAAUUUCAACCGCUACUCCCAAAGAGAGUUCACCGUAACAAAAAAUUUCUGGUGAUAACAACUGGUAUGAUAUUAACCGUUAGCUGUAAAGUGGCCAAACAUUUUACCAUUAGCAGUAACAGCCAUCACUCCAUUAAGACCCUCUCACUGAUAACGAAUCUUCUUAUAAUGAGUGUACAGUGUUAGGCUUUAUUUGCUCGGCAGUGAUCCACAUGAUGUACCUUUAUCUUUGCUAAAUUUUGAAGUGUGAUAGCAAGAUUAUGACAAUUAAAUUUGACUCAAUUAA